CUACGAGGUAAUUUCCUCAUAUACUUCGUGGCUAACGAGAAAAGGCGGACAGUGAAAUUCAAAGGUUGUCCAUACUGUAGAACUGAAGCGAUGGACCAGGAGCCAACUAAGUGGAUAAAAAAAGAGGAAACUGAUGAAGUACAAACUGACUUACACUUCAUAGCCCAAGAUUAUCCAUGCAGCAUGAAUGUAAAAGAAGAGUUGGAGGAGGGUGUGAAUAAAGAGUUUCUUGAAGACCCAUUAAAGGCUGGGGCCCAUCUUGUUCGCUUGAAGCAAGACCCCGAACUGAAACACUGUGCUGCUGGAUCUGAGCAUAAUUCUGUUGAAGAUCCAUUGGGAAUAUCUUUGUCCACUGAUUUUAUCAAGGAGGAUCCUGAAUUAAAUAUAACUGAGAAUACUAUGGAAACCUCAACAAGAUAUGCAUCUGAUAGUGCAAGAUUUACUCAGACUGCUGGUGGGAGUUGCAGCAUAUCAUGUGAAGAAACUUGUCACCAUAGACUGGUCCAGGAUGAGUUGGUGAUAGACACGGAGAAGUCAACACAUGGGUUCAGUACCAAUACAGAAGAUGUGGCCAUUGAUAAGGAAUGCUCAGUUGCCACCCGAUAUGACUGUAGUACGAGGGAAAAGAAAUUAGAUGUAUAUAGCUGUAAUUUCUGCCAACAGAGCUUUUCUUCAAAAUACAGACUCAUAAUGCAUGUGUUCAUGCACAUGGAUGGAAUGCAACCACCUUCGUAUGUUUGUAAGCGGUGUGGUGAGGUAUUUCACAGUGAUGUUAGCUUGAAAAAACAUAUGAGAAUGAGUGAGUAUUGUCAAGUUUUAAGUGCUGACAGUCAUGAAAAAUAUGGACAUAGUGAUGAGCAUCAAACCACUACCUUGUUGGAUAGCGAGUUAGAAGUUUCUGUCACAGAACACAAUGAGCAGUCUUCGUGUAAGGAAGCUUGGAAAGAUUCAAAAAAGCCCUCUAAUGACAUAUGUAACACACAUAUGACAAAUGAUAGAGAGAAAACAAGUAAUUAUGGAACUUUGUCUAUAGCUGUUAAUGUCAGUACCCAGGCUGAUCUACUUACUGCAAACAGAACCGACAGAUGUGGUAUUUGUGGCAAAUUGUUUGCUAGGUCAGGUGAUCUCGAGAGACAUGUUUCCAUUCAUACUGGGAAAAGACUUCACAAAUGUGAUAUUUGUGAGAAGUGGUUUCCCCAGUCACUUUAUUUAAAGGCUCACACAUUAAUUCACACCGGAAAGAAACCUCACAAAUGUGAGAUUUGUGGGAAAUCUUUUACAGUGUCAGGUGAUCUCAAGAAUCACUAUUUAAUUCACACUGGAAACAAACCGCACAAAUGUGAGAUUUGUGGGAAAUCUUUUGCUAGGGCAGAUAAUCUCAAGACACAUACAUUAAUUCACACUGGAAAUGAAACUCACAAAUGUGAGAUUUGUGGGAAAUCUUUUACUAUGUCAGUGUAUCUUUACAAACACACAUUAAUUCACACUGGAAAGAAACCGCACACAUGUGAUAUUUGUGGGAAAUGUUUCACUGUGUCAGGCUAUCUCAAGAAACACGUAGUAAUUCACGCUGAAAAGCUACCGCACAAAUGUGAGGUUUGUGGGAAAUCUUUUGCUAGGGCAGAUCAUCACAAGUUACAUAUGUUAACUCACACUGGAAAGAAACCUCACAAAUGUGAGAUUUGUGGGAAAUCUUUUACUAUAUUAGGCAAUCGUAACAAACAUUUACUAAUUCACGCUGGAGAGAAACCUCACAAAUGUCAGAUGUGUGGGAAAGCUUUUGCGUUUUCAAGGUAUCUGAAGGAACACACAUUAAUUCACACUGGAAAGAAACCAUACAAAUGUGAGAUUUGUGGGAAAUCUUUUGCUAGGGCAAAUUAUCUCAAGAUACACACAUUAAUUCACACUGGAAAUAAACCUCACAAAUGUGACAUUUGUGGGAAAUCUUUUGCAAGGGCAAGGCAUCGCAAGAUACACAAAUUAAUUCACACUGGAAAUAAACCUCACAAAUGUGAGAUUUGUGAGAAGUCUUUUACCAUAUCAGCCAAUCUUAACAGACAUUUAUUAAUUCACACUGGAGAGAAACCUCACAAAUGUGAGAUUUGUGGGAAAUCUUUUACUAUGUUAGGUGAUCUCAAGAAACACGUAUUAAUUCACACUGGAAAGAAACCGCACAAAUGUGAGAUUUGUGGGAAAUCUUUUACUGUGCUACAUAAUCUCAAGAAACACUCAUUAAUUCACAGUGGAAAGUAACCUCAC